UUAUUCAGUGUUGUCAGCCUAAAAAAUCGUGCAAAGUAUGAACAAUUUUUUAUAAUAUAACCCUACGUAAUUUUUUCGUCAAGGAUUGAAAAAACGCAAAGGACAUUGAGAUGGUACCAUCUCGAUAAAAUGAGAAGAAAAUACCAGCUUAGCUAUUUUUUCCUCUACGUCCUCAUACCGUUUUUCCAGGUUCAGUUAUCAAGCACUUUCCCCAAAAAUAUCGAUUUCAAUUCCAGUUUGAAAGGACAAGUAGGUGAAAAUCCAUAUUCUGAAAUAUUAUCUGAAAGGCAAGAUGAAAGAAGAAAUAAUAAUCCGAAUUUAAUACGAAAAAAAAGAUACUUAGGCUCGUUGAACGAAAUUACUGAGAAAAGGCAAAUCCAGCCUGAAAAUUUAAAUAAAAAUCCUUACGAAAGAAGAAAAAGGAACGUUGCGAAUAAUGGGGAUAAGAGUAAAAAAGAAGCCAAUGAUACUAAUUCUGCGGCUUAUCUAGUCGAUAUUGGUCUAAAGGAUAAUAUCGAAAAGGAAGACACUGAAGAGGAUGACACUGAAGAGGAAGACACCGAAGAGAACAAAAAUGAACGAGAAAAUCUCAAAAGAUCAAAAAGACAAUCUGACCAAAACCCAAAUGUCACUAAGAACCUGAUAGAAAGAGAAGCUGACUACGCAGAAUCAAUUAAAGAUGAUGAUUUUAACAUCCAAGAGCAAGAAUCUGAAGAAGAUGAAUCAGAAUCUCGAAAUGAAAAUCGAGUCAAAAGAAACGAGGAGAGAGAUUACGAGAAGAAACUGAAAUCCAAGGCAGAUAUUAACAACGCAGAAAAGUUAUCUGAAAAAGAAGAAAGUCGCAAAGAAUCUCUUCACGAAAAACGACAUCUUGAACCGAACUCAAAGAAUAAAAAAGUGCAGAGCAAACAUGAAGAGAAUUCUGGCGAUUCUAGCGAAGAGGUGAAUAAUUCGGAAAUCGUUCUAAGGUUGGAUUCUGAUCAAAAACUGAUAUCCAGUCAAAAUUCGGAGUAUGAUGAGAAAUUAACAUCUAAUCUAAGCUCAAAAUUUGAUCAUCGUAAAGAAUUAAAAGCAGACAAGAAAUCAUAUAAGAAGGAAGAUGCGGAAUUGAAUGGAUAUUUAGACCUUGAAGUAAAAGAAGAUGAAUCUGAUGAUGAAUAUGAAAAAAGAGUGGCAGAACAAAUACAACAGAAAAUCGAUGCCAUUAAAGAAGAAAUUAAACGUGAAAUCGAGGAGAAACAAAAAAUUGAAACGAUUAAGGAAAAUAAUGACAGGUAUGAUGAACUGCGCCAAGAGGAGGAGGAUGAAAGUCAAACUCAAAUUCUAGACGCGAAUAAUCAGAUUGUUUCCAAAAGAUGCUUGGAAAAAGUGGAUUUUAAUUCAGAAAAGUUAAAGCAACAAAUUGAAAAACGAAGAAGAUCGAAAUCUGGAAAUGAAAAAGUCCAACUUCAUGAAAGUAUUCGAAAGAGAUCUGCCCCUAAGUAUGGUGGCGUUGAGGUCUAUCAGGAUAAAAAAGAAGAAAAUACCGAAACUCCAAGACUAGAAUUAGAUUCUGCUUCCUCUGAUGAUGGGAAGGUAAGAUUAAAAAGAAGUAACUCAAGAGUUUUUCGAAGAGUUGACAAAAGAAGAGCUAAAAACCUCGUUCCAAAAAGACGUCUUGGAAAUUUGAGGUACAGACCUCAAAAUAUUGAGGAUGAUAAUGACGAGGAGGGUAGCGAGUUCGAAGACGAUGGAUUUAAUGACCAUAGUUCUAACCUGGAUGAAGCAAAUUUGAAUUCAAGAAUUGAAAUAGAUAAUCUGUCAAAUGCUCCAGGGAAUCCGCUUUUUGAUCAUCGAAAUUAUUUAAUGAGACGAAAACGUGAGAGAGAUUCAAGAGUUUCAAAAAGAAAGAGACAUCAGAGGAAAAGAAGACGAAAGAAUUGUUUUAUUUCGAAUAAAAAGGGUCGGAUAUUUUUGGAGAAUAUUAAAAAUGAGAUCGACGUUCGUUCGAGGGAACUAAAAAGCAGAGGAAAGAAACCCGAUUGGCUGUAAUGAAAGUGGCGAGAAAUUGCCAAAGUCGUUUUACGAAGGGGAAGAUCUCAUCACCUCUAGCUGCGUGGCCAAGGCAUAACCGGACUCCGCGAGCUGUUGCAUCAUUUGCACCCAAUCCUAACGUAGGCAGGCAACAAAUAAAGAGCAAUAUCUUUAAACACCAUAUAUUUAAUUUAAGCAGAUUUCAUGACAGUGGUAAAUUUAUGCUCUGUAGAGCCGAGAUUCGAUCACCUUUCUUAUAAAAUAAUUAUUUCCUUUCUUUAAUUCUUAUAACAGGCUUUACAGCGAAAAAUCCUCUUAAAAGGGAAAACAUAAG